AGCGCGAAUGGGCAGAGCAGAGUCUCUAGGAGGGAAGAUGAGCGCCCAGGAUCCUUCAGAUCUGUGGAGCACAUCCGAUGGAGAAGCUGAGAUGCUGCAGGACUUGGGGUGGUAUCACAGCAACCUCAGUCGCCACGCAGCAGAAGCUCUUCUCCUCUCAAACGGAUGUGAUGGUAGCUACCUUCUGAGGGACAGCAAUGAAAGGACCGGGCUGUACUCUCUCUCCGUGAGAGCCAAAGACUCUGUCAAACACUUUCAUGUUGAAUAUACCGGAUUUUCAUUUAAAUUUGGCUUUAAUGAAUUCUCAUCUUUGAAGGAUUUUGUCAAGCAUUUUGCAAAUCAGCCUUUGAUUGGAAGCGAGACAGGCACUCUGAUUGUUCUGAAACAUCCCUAUCCAAGAAAAGUGGAAGAACCUUCCAUUUAUGAAUCGGUCCGGGUUCACACAGCAAUGCAGACGGGAAGAACAGAAAAUGACCUGGUGCCCACUGCACCUUCGCUGGGCACCAAGGAGGGCUACCUCACCAAGCAGGGCGGCCUGGUCAAGACCUGGAAAACAAGGUGGUUCACUUUGCACAGGAAUGAACUGAAAUACUUCAAAGACCAGAUGUCACCAGAACCAAUUCGGAUCCUAGACUUAACAGAAUGUUCAGCUGUACAAUUUGAUUACUCACAGGAAAGGGUAAACUGCUUUUGCUUAGUAUUUCCAUUCAGGACGUUUUAUCUCUGUGCAAAGACAGGAGUAGAAGCUGAUGAGUGGAUCAAGAUAUUACGCUGGAAACUGUCUCAAAUAAGAAAACAGCUGGACCAAAGGGAAGGCACAAUCCGAUCUCGGUCGUUCAUCUUUAAGUAGACCUUUCCCGGAGGGCUGCCCUGGCCCGCGUGGCUGGCAUGCUGGCCGAUGCUGUGAUCCACAGCUGGCUUCAGCUGAAAGCUGACUACCGAUUUUCUUUAAAAACAAAUCAGAAGCAGAUGCUGAUCUGGAUCUUUCUGAACACACAUUUGCUGACUCAUGGGAAACUGCUGCCCUUCAAGAAGCUGUCAUCUCCUUCAGAAUACUGAGUCGUCACCUUCUGAUGGAAACCGGGGCAGCGGCCACGCCCAGUAUGCUCACCCUCCGAACACGCAACAGAAGAGAAAGGGCUUGUGUUUUCCCUCGUGGUGGUUGCCAAGCUCGUGGGCAUUUGCCCAGAGUCUCACUCCGUGUCAUGGUCAGCUUAUCUGACAUCCAGGUUAUGCUAUUAACCAGGAAGGAAACAGCCAUCUACUUUGAAGCUCAAGCUGCCUCUUUAGAAAGUAAAUUGAACAGCAAACAUCAAAGAUUGGGUUGGGGAGGGGACAGGGUCAUUCUGCUUUUUUCUCCUUUAUACAAAACAUUUCCAAAACUAUAAUGGAACAUGUUUGCAGUAUUUAUUUUCUGUUUGUAAAAAGCUCAGAAAUUUGAUGGGCUCUUCCUUCCCUUCUAACAGUAAACCUGUGAGAACUGUCUUAUGGAUGAGUAGGCAGGAUGAAAAAGGAAGGUAUAAUCUAAAAAAUAUGUAUUUUAAUCAUUUUGGAGAAAAUGUUUUAAAGAGAGAAAAAACAUAAAUUGAGUAAGGGUAAUAAAGUAAUAGUUGACAUAGUUUAAUAUUAUUAUAAUUGUUAUUAUAACAAUAGAGCACUUGUAAGCACUAAGUUAUCUUCAUCCAACAUUUCUCCAAGCAGACUGAGCCUUCUCAAGGAGGGUGUGUUGCACCAAUCCCUUCCUGAGUGAACUGUAGGUGUUGGCCCAAGAGAAUUAAGAAUCAUCUGGCACUGAGAUCGCUGAGCACCCAGCACCUCAUUCAAGAGCAACUUCUGUUGCCAGUUGAGGGAGCAAUACUAAAUCUAUACGCCACGUAUAAUGGUGUCUUUGUUACCCAGCAUUUUCAAACCAGAAUAAGGGGAUUGAAAUAGGGGGAUGAGACACUGUCAUCCACAGCUCAUAAAUAAAUUCUAUUAUCUUUAUUAAUACUCCUUUUUAUAAACAGAAGUUUGAAGGAAGAGAAAGUGGAGGAUGAACCCCCAAAUACAAAGAUUAUGGUGCAAAGGUGUGAUAUAAAACUGCUCUUGCAGCCCGAAGGAAUAGCUUAUUAAAUUAGUUUUUCUGUUAAUUUAAACAUUUAGGUCUCAGAAAUUACAUUAAAGUUUGUAUAUUUUAAAAAGAUGUUUGGUGUAUUUUGUUAUGUUUGUAUCAUACAAGAUAAAGCAAAUGUCAAGUUAAAACGUAUUAUGUUAAGUUUGCAAAGUAAGGAGUUACAAAUGAAUCCUUACUGAGAUGUACGGUUUUAUGUUUUGUUUUCUUAGAACCAAGGGUGUUUCUUUGUGUAGGCAAUAUCGUUUUUACUUUUUGUAAAAUAUGUCAUGUUUAUUUAUAUGCUUUGGCUAUGUUUAUUAAAAGAGCCUGAUUUUCUGUGCCUAUAUUUUGCCAUUAAAAAUAUUUUUAACAUCUGUAA